CUGGAUGACAGUAGGAGGGCUCGGGAGCUAUCAAUAAAAAGCAUUCUACUCCUGGAUUCAUUUACUUUGAAACCUCAGGGACAUAAACAACCCCUUUCUUUACACAUUGAGAACAAGAGAACAACAAAAACAGAGAUUUACGUGAUGCCUAUAGCUGGAGCCAUGUCCCACAUAAUACCCAAUCACAUUCUGAGGGUGGGUCAGAGUACCUGCCUGGACUCUGCUCGUGAGGUAGCUCUGGGGUGCAGUCCGAGCGCCAUGAUGGACCCCAUCGGGAGUUGCAGUGAACAGGACGACCUGGACAUCUCCCUAGAUAACCUGAACCAGCUCAUUCUGGAACUGGACCCCACGUUUGAUCCCAUCUACUUCAACAAGAGGUCCCAGUCCAGCAGCCUCCACACAGAUGACUUCUCUCCAGAUGAAGACGUCUCCAGCUGUGUGGCCGGAGGCUGUUCUCCAAGGCACAUCUCCACCUCCGUCUCCCCCUCCUGCAGCAUUCCCAUCCCACCGUCCUCUGCUUCUGUCUCCAGGUGCAGCCCCCAAGGCUCCCUGGUGUUCUCUGAUGCCUCCUCUCGCCCCCCACUGCCGUGUGGAAGUGUCGUCCGCCGGCGGCUGCCCUCGACGCAGGGAGGCGAGGCGGGCAUGUGUUCAUCCCCGGUUACCCUGCGCAUGUCACACUCUCACAGGAACAGUGCCGUCUCGAUGGUCUCCACGUCGCCCGGCUCAGAAACCAGUUACAUGAUGGGCAGCUAUCAGUCCUUGCUCAGUGACAGUGAAGGCGACAGCCCCGAGUCUCUCCUCCUCUACCGCACGUCCAGCUCCUACAGCGACGUGUCCAGGUCCUCGACCAGGCCGUUCACCAACAAGCGUUCGCCGACCGGCCCAUCACCACUCGGCCACUUCCAGGGGAUCCACAGCAGCCCUGCCUCCCUGGCCGGUUCACUGACAGACAUCCCAGUGGUGUUGGUCAACGGAGCCCCAGAACGGGAGCUCAGCCCCCAGUCACCUCCAGAGGCAAUGGUCCCAGACAUACAGAUCAAGCAGAGGCCCAGCGUCAGGCCAUCCUCGCCAUCUCCCUCUCACUCUUUGCAAGGCCAUUUCCAAGGCAACCAGCACUCCAUGAAGUUUGUCAUGGACACCUCUCAGUUCUGGUUCCGCCCACACAUCAACAGAGUUCAGGCUGAGGCCAUAGUGAUAGAUAAGGAGCCGGGGACCUUCGUGGUGAGAGACAGCACGUCCUUCAGAGGCUCCUUCGGGCUGGCUAUGAAGGUGGACCAGGCGCCCGUCAACAUAUCCCCUACUGGCCAACCAGCGGAGGGCAGCUCAGAUCUCGUGAGGCACUUUCUCAUCGAAUCGUCGGCCAAGGGCGUCCGUAUCAAGGGCUCCUCACAUGAACCGUACUUUGGUAGUCUGUCUGCCCUGGUCUUCCAACACACCGUCACUCCGUAUGCCCUACCCUGCAAACUUCUGCUCCAGUCACAUGAUCUGAACAAAGGACAGGAGGAAACAAAUGACAGAUCAGCACCAGAAGACAAGACCAAGACAGCUUGCAAUUUCCUCUACCUGAGUGCAAUCCCCACUGAGAUGUUGACAGGGCCGUGUGCUGUACAAAAGGCUGUGUCCUCCACCUUCACGAUGGACCAGGGCACCAUCACACCCACCAUAGUCAACCUGAAGGUGUCACCCAAAGGUGUCACCUUGACAGACAUCCAGAGAAAACUCUUCUUCAGACGUCAUUACCCUGCACACAUGCUCAGCUACAGUGGUGAAGAUCCAGACAAGAGACUGUGGCACAAGAGUUCCAAACCAGCAAGGAUAUUUGGUAUAGUGGCAAAGGGCACUGAAGCGGGUAGGGAGAAUGUGUGCCACGUCUUCGCAGAAUACGACCCUCUUCAGCCCUGUAAUCCGACCAUUGAGUUGAUACAGGGCAUACUUUUCAAACCAUAACCUCAUUCUGUCCAGUAUGGGAAGGUGAGAUAAGACAAUAUCACCGGACUGAAUGUUGGAAGCUCUUUACAUCACUACGGUCUACGAGGGCGCCCAGAGCCAGACCUGACACAGAUACUCGAAUGUGUCAAUUCACGGUCCGUGUAUGCAGGCACGAGAUCCGAGUUAAAAGUACGCAGAAAUGAAUAGGGCCUGAUUUUUUUUUUUUUU